AUGUCUCCUGAGCCCCAUGCUUCACCUGACCGCCCAUCCCCGGGCCAAGGUACCGAGCAAACAAACGUCCCAGCCAAUGCUGGUCAAGUCUUGUCUGCAGACCAAGCCGCCGUUGCCCAGCCUAGUACAGAUGCCAUCGAAGAGCUGUCGUCUGGACAUAGUAUCUCCUCCAACGAUGCCAAGCACACUGCCGCCGUCACUGUCAACAGCGACCCGCUUGAUCUGGGUAGACAUCGCCGAGACGAUGUGACACAGAAGCAGAUGAAGGCGGAACAUCCGUUGGCUAAGCCCAGGCACAUGAAGAAGUUUUACACGCGCCAAAAUGCCCUCAUUGACCAGUUCCUCCAAAGCGGCGACGAAGAGCGCUUGGCUGCCCUCGACCAGGUCCAGAACGGCCCCAAGGUGCGAUUCGCCGUAAACGCCUCCUUCGUAGUCAACUUUUGUCUAUUCGUCAUCCAGCUGUAUGCGGCCAUCUCCACGGGCUCACUUUCGCUGUUCGCAACUGCAGCAGACGCCUUCAUGGACCUGGUAUCUUCAGUUGUCAUGCUCAUCACAUCCCGCAUGGCAGCAAGACCUAGUGUGUACAAGUACCCUGUUGGACGGACGCGCAUUGAAACAAUUGGCAUUAUCAUGUUUUGUUGUUUGAUGACUACUGUGGCCAUCCAGUUGAUUAUCGAAUCCGGCAGAUCUCUGGGUGGUGGUGAAAGAGACUCAGAGGAGCUUCACAUCAUUCCCAUUGCCUUUGUUGCUACUGCUAUUUUCUGCAAAGGCUCCCUCUGCGUCUACUGUUUCAUCUAUCGUCGCUACCCUGCUGUCCAUGUCUUCUUCAUCGACCACCGUAACGACAUCAUCGUCAACGCCUUCGGUCUGGCCAUGUCUAUUGUCGGUAGCCGCGUCGUCUGGUAUGUCGACCCUAUCGGUGCCAUUCUUAUUGGUCUCUUGAUCCUGUUCUCGUGGGCCGCAAACGCUUUCGACCACGUCUGGCUGCUUGUCGGAAAGUCGGCGCCCAAGGAUUUUAUCAGCAAGCUCAUCUACCUUGUCGUCACGCACGACACGCGCAUCCAAAAGGUCGAUACCUGCCGUGCGUACCACGCUGGACAAAAGUACUAUGUGGAAGUCGACAUUGUCAUGAGCGAGGACCAGCCCCUCAAAAUCACACACGACGUCUCUCAGACCCUGCAGCGAAAGCUCGAGGGUCUUGCCGACGUCGAGCGCGCCUAUGUCCACGUCGAUUACGAGAGCGAGCACGAUAUUUUCGAGGAGCACAAACCCCUUUACGAAGUCACCCAGUCACGCACCAUCAAAGAGCGCGUAAAAGCCAUGCGCUUCCUCUUCAAAAAACAGGACAAGGGUGCCUGA